AUGUGCAAUGUGAGCCGCCAGAGGGCCCCUGCAGGGCCUGACAGUGCAGGCAAUCCCCUAGCAGCAGACCCACCGCAGCUGCCGGCAGCUGCUUGCCAGACAGAAGUCAUGCAUGCUUCACCCGCUGCGCUGACUGCAGCACCGGCACUGCUGGGAAAUUGCUUUGGCUGCAAGGACAGCACGAGGGCAAUCAUUGAGGAGCUGCUGCAGAAGGACAGGGACCUUGAAGCAGCGCAGUCCCAGAUCCAGUCCAUGCAUGAGCACGUCAGGGUGGUUACUGCAAAAUCAGAGGCCCAAGAAGCCACAAAUGGCCAGCUCACAACACAGGUGGGCAAGCUUAAGGAGGCCCUGGCGCAGAAGGAGGAGGAGCUGGCAGAGCUGCAGGUGCUGCACAUGCAGGCACCGGACCUGGAAGAUCUGCACAGCCAGCUGGCAGACCUGCAAAGAGAUGUGGACAGAAUGGACGAGGAGGGUGAGGCGCGCACGGCAGAGAAAGUGCAGCUGCAGGCAGAGGAUAUGGACUUGAAAUCAGAGAAUGGCAAGCUGCAAGCCGAAAAUGAGCAACUGCGAGCCAAGCUGAAUGACAUGGAGGAGCAGGCAGCAGCCAAGUGCAAUGCGCAAGAUGAGGAGAGUGAAAUGCUGGCAGCAGUGUUUAGGGUCAUCAGUGCAUCAGUCAAGAAGGCGCCCCAGCUGAAGGACACGCUGAUGAGCGCCCUGGCCUUGUAA